CAGAUUAUCAAGUGAUCUGACAUUCAUGAGAGGAACAAAAAUCUUCCUCGCACACAUGAAUCCUUUAGUGAGUCCUUGAUCUGAUAUUUCCUCCUGAGGAGAAGCAGACAUCAUGAAGCAGAAAUUGACAUCACUAGUUCAAAUUAUUUUGCUACUUGCUCUGACUGCAGUGGAUCUGACUGGUCAAUCAUACCCUGGAAAACCUAAGAUAAUAAGAUGUCGUUCUCUAGAAAAGGAAACCUUUUCUUGUUGGUGGAAGCCUGGCUCAGAUGGAGGACUUCCUACCAAUUACACCCUGUUCUACAGCAAGGACAGUGAAGAAAAAAACUAUGAAUGUCCAGACUACCGAACGUCAGGUCCCAAUUCCUGCUACUUCGAUAAAAACCACACUAAUCCCUGGACAACAUAUAAUAUCACUGUAAUGGCAACGAAUGAGAUUGGAAGUAACAGCUCAGAUCCUCAGUAUGUGGAUGUGACCUCCAUAGUUCAGCCAGAUGCUCCUGUGAACCUCUCUCUAGAAACAAAAACAUCUGCUAGCAUAAUGUACCUUUGGGCAAAAUGGUCUCCACCUCCAUUAGCUGAUGUCAGCUCUGAUUCACAUGUGUAUCACUACGAGCUACGAGUAAAACCUGAGGAAAAGGAAGAGUGGGAGAUAAUAUCUGUUGGAGUGAAGACACAGUACAAAGUGAUUAGGUUACAAGCUGGGGUGAAGUAUGUUGUUCAGGUCCGUUGCAUGUUAGACCUUGGAGAAUGGAGUGAGUGGAGCUCCAAAAGAUGCAUUCAGAUCCCCAAUGGAGAUUCACCUCCUGAAAAGCCUACAAUAAUAAAAUGCCGUUCUCCAGAAAAGGAAACAUUUACCUGUUGGUGGAAACCUGGUUCAGAUGGAGGACAUCCUACUAACUACACUUUGCUUUACAGCAAAGAAGGAGAAGAACAAGUUUAUGAAUGUCCAGAUUACAGAACCGCGGGCCCCAAUUCGUGCUAUUUCGAUAAAAAGCACACCUCUUUCUGGACCAUAUACAAUAUUACUGUGAGGGCAACUAAUGAAAUGGGAAGUAAUGUCUCUGAUCCUCAUUUUGUGGAUGUGACUUACAUAGUACAGCCAGAUCCUCCUGUGAAUGUAACUCUGGAAUUAAAAAAGCCAAUAAAUAGAAAACCUUAUCUGGUGUUGACAUGGUCUCCACCCCCGCUGGCUGAUGUCAGAUCUGGAUGGCUUACCCUUGAAUAUGAGUUGCAACUAAAGCCUGAAGAAGGGGAGGAAUGGGAG